AUGAGUCCUCCGACACCACAUCGUCCACUAGACCCUCCAUUCCCCCCCUCCAACCGUAGACGUCGCUACUCGUACGAUGAAGCGGGUGAAACCAACACCCUCAAUACCGCAGAAACACCCAGCGAAGAACCAGUCUCGUGGCGCUCUCUGCCCAGGAAGGGCCAGCUAACCAUCCUCACAAUCGCUCGUCUAGCAGAGCCCCUAGCGCAGACGUCUCUUCAGGCAUACGUGUUCCACCAGGUCCGAUCGUUCGAUCCGUCCCUCCCGGACUCCACUGUAUCUGCGCAAGCAGGCGUGUUGCAAGGAUGCUUUACUGCUGCGCAGUUUGUCACGGGGGUCAUAUGGGGCAGGCUUGCGGACACGGAAUUCUUCGGUAGGAAACGGGUGCUGUUGAUCGGGUUGCUGGGAGCAGGCAUAGCGUCGAUUGGGUUUGGGCUAUCCAGAUCCUUUGCGACGGCUGUGGUUUUCCGGACACUUGGUGGCGCGUUGAAUAGUAAUGUAGGAGUGAUGCGGACGAUGAUCGCGGAGAUCAUUCAAGGAAAAAAGUACCAAUCACGAGCGUUCCUUAUUCUGCCAAUGUGCUUCAAUGUCGGUAUCAUCGUUGGCCCGAUUCUUGGGGGUAUUCUGGCAGAUCCAGUCAAAACCUACCCGACCUUGUUCGGCCCGGGAUCGCUGAUGGGCGGUAAAGACGGCGUGUGGUGGAUGCAACGAUGGCCCUACGCGUUGCCUAAUUUCGUCAGCGCACUGUUCAUGUUCAUUGGCACCGUUGCAGUGUUCCUAGGUUUAGAUGAAGUACGGACCUCCACCGACGGAGAAGAGAUCGAAGCGAGCCCCAGCGCAAACCGGACAAAUGGCCUCCGUCGCAGGCGUCCUCCAACCCGUAAAGUCUGGACUCGAAAUGUUUUUCUCACUCUUGUCACACAUUUUAUGCUUGCACUACACACGAGCGCUUUCAACGCCCUCUGUUUUCUGUUUCUCCCCACACCUCGAGCCCCAGGCAGCCGCAAAGGCAUUUUUCACUUUGGGGCGGUUUGGGAUGCCGAGUUCUCGCGUUGGGUUAGCAACGGCCAUAAAUUGGGAUCAUUGGGCUACCGUUUCCAGAUAUUCGUGUAUCUCGAUGGGCAGUUCCGUCUAAGGAACACUAUCGUCGUUCAGAAUAUUCUACCAUUUUCUCCGCUGGCGUACUCCUUAGCACCCUUCCUUGUCCUGCUACCAGAUCAACCAUACGUUAUCUGGCCGGCGUUGUCGGCUGUAAUAUUUUUGCAGGUGAUCUCAAGGACGUUCUCUCUUCCAGCCACUGUCAUUUUGGUUAAUAAUGCUGUAUCUGACCCCAGUGUAUUGGCCACCGUCCACGGUGUGGCACAGAGCGUUGCAAGCGGUGCCAGGGCUUUGGGUCCUUUGAUUGCUGGAUGGGGGCUCGGGCUGGGACUGAAGAACAACAUUGUGGGAGCGAUUUGGUGGGCUUUGGCAACCGAGGCCACACUGGGUUGGGUUCUGACUUGGACCAUUUUUGAAGGAACUAUGGAGGAGAAAGAAAAUAGCACAAGAGACAUCCGUGCGGGUGGUGAUGAGGAAUCUCGAGGGUAA